UUAAUCUAAUGACUCGUGUUUAAUGAUCUGUGUGUGUGUGUUUCUCAGAUUACCCAGCAGCCUCAGCAUGAAUUACCUGCGCAGGCGUCUGUCGGACAGCAGCUUCGUGGCUAACCUGCCCAACGGCUACAUGACGGAGAGAUCCAGCAGCUCCAGCAGCUCUCCCGCGUCCCCGGCCACUGAGCGGCGACCUCUGACCCCGGCGACCCCGGCGACCCCAGCGACCCCGGCGACCCCGGCGACCCCAGCGACCCCGGGGUUCCUCAGCUCCUUCUCCAGCGUGGUGAAGACGGCUCAGAUCGCUAGCGCUGUUCAGGCUAAAGCCGCCGCCGCUCCUGCUAAGCCUAGCGUACGCAAACCCAGAGUCCUGCUGGUCAUCGACGACCCGCACACUGACUGGGCCAAGUACUUCAGGGGAAGGAAGCUGAACGGAGAGUGCGAGAUCCGUGUGGAGCAGGCCGAGUUUUCUGAGCUCAAUCUGGCGUCGUACGUGAACUCGGGCUGUACGGUGGACAUGCAGGUCAACCGAGGAGGAACCAAAGUCGUCAGAUCGUUCAAGCCAGAUUUUGUGCUGGUCCGCCAGCACGCCUACAGCAUGACCCCGGGCGAGGACUUCCGGAGCCUCGUGAUCGGCCUGCACUACGGGGCCGUUCCCAGCGUCAACUCGCUCUUCUCCAUCUAUAACUUCUGCAGCAAACCCUGGGUGUUCUCUCACAUGAUCAAGCUCUAUCAGAGUCUGGGUCCAGAGAAGUUCCCGCUCAAUGAGCAAACCUUCUUCCCCAACCACACACAGAUGCUGCCCACAGCAACAUUCCCAGUGGUGGUGAAGAUGGGACACGCCUAUGCCGGCAUGGGAAAGGUAAAGGUGGAGACGGCGAAUGACUUCCAGGACAUCACCAGUGUGGUUGCGAUCGCUAAAACCUACGCCACGACCGAACCCUUCGUCGCCUCGAAGUACGACAUCCGCAUCCAGAAGAUCGGCACAAACUACAAAGCCUACAUGAGGACGUCCAUCUCUGGAAACUGGAAGGCCAACACGGGUUCAGCCAUGCUGGAGCAGAUCGCCAUGACUGACAGGUAUCGUGUGUGGGUGGACUCGUGCUCGGAGAUGUUCGGUGGUCUGGACAUCUGCGCUGUCAAAGCCGUCCACGGCAAAGAUGGAAAGGACUAUAUCAUAGAGGUGAUGGACAGCUCGAUGCCUCUGAUCGGGGAGCACGUGGAGGAGGACCGGCAGCUGAUCUGUGAUCUGGUUCUGAAUAAAAUGGCGUCAGUUCUUCUGGGCGUCGCGACACCACAGCCCAGCACUAAGACUCAACCAGCACCGCAGACGACUCAGCCGAAACGAGCUCCAGGGGGUCCUCGCUCGUCUGAGUCGGGUCAAGCGUCUCCCCAGCGAGCUCGAUCUGCCAGUACUUCUCCCAGUCAGGCCUUCCAGCCCGGCCCGAUUCCCUCCAGCGGCGCCAGCUCACAGAAACAACCAGCGCAGCUCAAUAAGUCGCAGUCGCUCACCAACAGCUUCAGCGAAACUCUGCGUGGAAACGUGACGGACGACGAGGCCAAAGCCGAAACUAUACGCAGCCUUCGCCAGUCCUUCGCCAGCCUGUUCUCUGACUAACAUACACACACACACACACUCACACACACUCACACUCACACUCACACUC